AUGGAGGAUGGUAUAAUGGAUGAUGGUGGACUUGAGGGAUGCAUCGAAGAAAUGAGAGAGUUGGCCAAGGAUAAAUCACCAUAUCUUGGUAUGGAGUUUCCAUCGGAAGAAGCUGCAUAUGAGUUUUAUAAUGAAUACGGAAGAAUUGUGGGGUUUAGUAUUAGAAGAGAUUAUUGUAACAAAAGCAAGAAAGAUGGUGUUAUGACUAGUAGAAAGUUUGUUUGUUGUAAGGAGGGAGAGAGGGAAAAAGAUAAACAGUACACGAUGAUAAAAAAUCCUCGAAGUGAGACAAGAACAAAUUGUAAUGCAUUCAUGCAUAUAUCUUUUAAGCGAGACUUGUCGAAGUGGACUGUGUCAAAGUUUGAUAGCAACCACAACCACCCUUUGCAUCUUCCUCAAUGUACUCAUUUGAUGCCAUCUCAGAGAAAGGUAUGUGAUGCUCAGGGUAUAAAUAUUGAUAUAGCUGAUGAGACUGGAAUAUCUCUUAAGGCUUCGCAUGAUCUUAUUAGUGCUAUAGCAGGAGGGAAGGAAUUUGUAGGUUCACACGGGAGGAUCAGAAAACCUACUUACGUGCAAAAAGAUAGCGAAACUUGCAGUAUGGUGAAGCAGGGAAUGAUAACAGAUUAUGGGCUUUUCGGUGAUGUGGUGUCAUUCAACACAACUUUUAGAACAAAUAAGGAGUACCAUCCACUUGCUUUAUUUUCUGGCUUUAACCACUUUAGAAUGACAGUGAUUUUUGGUGCAACAUUAUUGUAUGAUGAAGCUACAGAGUCAUUUGAAUGGUUAUUUGAAACUUUUUUGGAUACAAUGUCAAGAAAAAAGCCUAUUAGUUUUUUCACAGACCAAGAUCAAGCGAUGGCUAAGGCAAUUUCACAAAUCAUGCCUGAGGUUUUUCAUGGGUUGUGCACUUUUCACCUAAUGCAAAAUGCUUUAAAGCAUUUAGGUUACUUGUUCAAGAGUGGUUCAAAAUUUAGUAGCGAUUUAAAAGCUUGCAUUUAUGACUACGAGAAUGAGCAUGAAUUAAUUGAAACUUGGAAUUCUUUGAUUGAUAAAUACAACUUGCAAGAGAAUGAGUGGAUGAAAAGAACUUGGAGAAAAAGAGAGCAAUGGGUUGCGAGUUUGUACAUCCCUCCUAUCUUUGAUUUAUUUCAUUAUGAGUUGGAUACAUCCCUUUGUUGUCAAGUGAAGCAAUUCCAUGAGUUAGAAGGAGAAGUUAAGUGCGUGAUUGGCUUGUAUGGUAAUGAUGAAGAGUACAUUGUUGAGGGUAGGGUGGAAGUUACUGGGCUAAGAGGAGAAAAAGCUGUCGAGAAAUACAUUGUACUUGUAAGAAAUUUGAGAACUUCGGAAUUUUAUGUAGUCAUGCAAUCAAAGCACUUGAUAGAACAUGCAAUCAAAUCACUUGAUAGAAUGAAUGCUAUGGAAAUUCUCGAAAUGUAUAUAUUAGGCCAAUGGAGAUUGGAUGCAAAAGAUUGUGAAGUUGAAAAGAAAAAUGUCAUAGUGGAUGAGAAUGAUCCAAAGUUGUUCAUAUUAGCACGUUAUAGAGAUCUUUGUCCAAGAAUGGUGAAACUAGCAACUCAAGCAUCUAUGCACAAACCUUCCUAUCAAUUGGUUGAUGAAGGGAUUAAGGAAUUGUGUGUAAAAGUAAAUAAUAUGAUGAAGGGAGUUGGAAAUUUUGGUACCAAAGAAUUAGAUGCGGAUGACCCCAACUUUGCACAAGUUAAGGGCAUAAAGAAGAAAGAUGUUGGACACAAAGGGAGGGGUAGAUUGAAACCUUGGCAUGAGAUGAUGAAUAAGAAGACAAAAGUUAUUUCACAACCAACCCGCCUUAGUAAGACUAUUGGUCAAUCAAGCAACACUACAAAUGUUCAAAAUUCAUCCUCAAGCCAACAACAGAUUAUUGGUCAAUCAAGCAAUAUCACAAAUGUUCAAAAUUCAUCUUUAAGUCAACCACAGAUACUAGCAUUACUCUUGGGGUUAAGUCAAAAAGUAGCAAACCUUCCAUGGGGCAAUGAAUAA